AUGCCUGUUCGACAGCAAUCCAAGCGGGGAGGACGUCAACAAGGUCAUCCCGCAAAAGAUGAACAUGUGGCUUCAUGGCCGAAAGAUGACAGCACGGGAGUAGGCCCCGAGGCAGGCAAUCCCAAGUCGCUUCAAGAUGUUGAGGGGAAAGAACCGAAGACCUACGCGAAGGUUAAGGGUUUAGGUCGAGGUCGCCAUGGCGAGAUAGAUAGCCGAGGAGGUGAUUAUCAAGAGGGUCCUGUCUUUUCAAGAAAUACGAAUGUCACAUCGUCCUCAGCCGACAAUCUGAAAAAAGGUGUGAGCAGCGAUUGUUUCUAUUUGGACGAUGACGAGAUGUGGCAUGCUAUCUGUGUCUCAACAUUCAAUCAGCGUGGAGACACAAAAUUGCUUGCUGACACACUUCGCCGAAAACUGUCUGUGAUAAAAGACUACCAGUUCUUUCUAGAAGCAGUGAGGUGCGAAACUCUGGGGGAGCCCAACCUUCGAGACACCUGCAUUCGGCUUUACCUCUUGGUUAAGAGCUGCGGCCAUGCUCCACCAGGAUCUCACGUCGACAAGGCUCACUUUCACGAGCUCUCUGCAGAGUAUCUCAGCGAGAGCAAUGAGGAAAUCGCCCAAAUUGCCAGCCAGUUUGAAAGAAUGCCUAAACGACAGGUGUCUGGAGAUGAAAGGGUCGAAAGAGAAUUGUCUGUAUCACAAAUUUCAUAUCCGGUGCAAACCUGGUCUCCCCAAAAGAAGAAUAACAAAAUACCAUUGCGACCGUCCUUCGGGGAGAGUACACGGAGUCGACCGCAAAGUCAUGGCACAAAGGAUGAGCUAGACCUCGGCUAUCACAAAAAGGACAGCAAAUGGUAUACCGUUGGCAGGGUUUUCACAAUGUUGUGGCAUGCCAAUGCCACCGGCGUCGGACACACAGAGGACACGGGCUUUACAAGCCUUGGCCCAUACAACCAAAAGAUCUAUAGCCAAAUCCGCCGUUUCGCCGUCAUCAAACAGGGCCAUGGGUUCUCGUGGGCAAUACCCAUCAAUACAUAUCACGGGAAGGGCAUUAGCAGGGACAGCUUUGACGAAGAGGAUCGUCAAGCACACGCCAUCAUUUACAUGGAGGAUACCAAGCCAGAAAGCCUUCCUGGGGAGUCUGUCAUGUUUAAAAACCCGAUCAUGGUCGAUAAAACAAGCGAAGACAAGAAGUUAAACCCUGCAAGUCGCAUCCGGUUCGACAAAGUCUUCACCAUUGAACAUAACGUCAGGGUCAAGAACGUCGGCAAAAUAUCAGCUGCGUCGAUGCCUUAUUUUCGUCUCUACUGGCAAGAGCAGCUGGCAGAAUUUCUGAAGACGCAAGCGACCAUUUGA